UCUUGACCACCGUCUGGCUACGCCCUUUUAAUAUUUUCAUCAAUCAUCGCUGUGCCCUUUGGUUGACCCAAACACAGUCCUUCGCUCCUUCGUAGACAUCCUUCAAUCAUGGCGGAAAGCUGGUUUCGCAGGGAAUUUCUCACAGGGAGGCGGCUUGCCUUCAAUGUCAUUUUCUAUGGAUUGCACUUUUUCUUCUUCGGAUAUGGAUGGUACAGUCAGGCCAUAAACACCAAACUUGCUGCUCUUAAUGGUUUGACGUUCUCAGUCUGGACCUCUCGUGGGGCCGGAUUGGUUCUUGCAUUCGACGGUGGCCUAAUUCUUAUCCCCAUGCUGCGAAAUAUCAUCCGCAUUCUGAGACCAAAGCUCACUUGGCUGUUUCCCGCCGACGAGAACAUCUGGUUCCAUCGCCAGGUGGCUUACUCAAUGGCUUUCUGGGCCAUGGUGCACACCACCGCCCACUAUGUCAAUUUCAUCAAUGUCGAGCGCACUCAGGUUCGAAAACAAAUAGCCCUUGAAAUUCACUAUACUCAGCCUGGAGGAAUAACUGGCCAUUUCAUGCUUCUGAUUAUGGUCUUGAUGUACGCCACCGCCCAUCACAAGAUUCGCAACCAGUGUUUCGAAGCAUUUUGGUAUACCCACCACCUGGCAUUCUUCUUUAUGAUUGGGCUAUAUACCCAUGCGACUGGAUGCUUUGUCCGUGAUUCCGUUGAUCCUGCGUACAGUCCGAUCUUCCCUUUCUACACUACCGACCACUGUCUUGGAUACUUGAGUUGGAGGUUCAUUAUCUGGCCCGGUAUCAUAUACUUCGGAGAGCGUAUCUACCGCGAAUACCGCGCGAGGAGGUCGACUCGUCUCUCAAAGGUACUAGUUCAUCCCAGUGGUGCCAUGGAGCUCCGUAUCGUCAAGCCCAGCUUCAAGUACGUUGCCGGUCAAUGGCUCUUCGUGCAGAUCCCGGAACUUUCUCGUUGGCAAUGGCAUCCGUUCACAAUCACCUCUGCUCCGGAAGAUCCCUAUGUGUCUAUUCACAUCCGUCAAGUGGGUGAUUGGACCCGUGCCCUCGGUGAUCGUCUUGGAGUUGGCCCCUCUGUUGUCGCGAAUAUGACACAGGCAGCUCUGAAAGGAACUGAGAAGGACGACAAGUUCUUGAAGGGUGACUUUGUAGAACUUGACUCCAGUACUGGCAUAUCACUACCCCAUGUCAGGAUCGACGGUCCCUAUGGUGCACCGGCUGAGGACGUUUUCAAUUGUGAAGUCGCUGUCCUGAUCGGCGCGGGUAUUGGUGUCACUCCAUUUGCCUCGAUUCUGAAACAUAUCUGGUACCGCCAAAAGAAAAGGAACAUAGGUUCACUGCGCCGUGUCGAAUUUUUCUGGGUUUGUCGUGACGCCCCUUCUUUUGGAUGGUUCCAAUCCCUUCUUGCAGAAGUGGAAGCCGCUCAAGCCGAUCCGAAUUUCCUCCGAAUCAAUAUCUACCUGACACAAAAGAUCGGAGAAGAUAUGCUUUGGAACAUUGCCGUCAAUGAUGCUGGCGCUGAAUAUGACCCGCUCACCUUGUUGCGUACUCGUACCAUGUUCGGUCGUCCCGACUGGAUGAAAAUUUAUUCACAAAUGGGUAUGGCCAUUGACUGUGGACAGUACAUUCCUGGCAGCAAGUCCCAGCUCAAGACUAAAGUCGGAACUUACUUUUGUGGACCGAGUCCCCUCGCCAAGGCCAUCAAGGAAGCAACGGUGAAGAAUACUUCGGCCACUGUGAACUUUACUUUUGCGAAGGAACAUUUCUGAUCUUACGGCACGUGGUUAUAGAGACGAUCGUCUGUAUGUAGUGUGUGAUGUCAUAGCCGGUGGUUUAAUGUCAACUGAGUUGCGACGCCGCUCACUUUGUGUUCGCCUAUCCUUGGUAGUUCUACGGUCUGUGGUAAUGUGAA